GGGAAAUGCAACGUUGGCGAAGGAUUGUGCGACCUGAAAAGUUGUGGAAAUUUAUAUCAGUGAGAAAUAUGUCUUUUCAGAAUGGAGGAGAAGGUGGCCAACUAGAUUACACAAACUGGUCCAAAAAACAAUUACUCAAAAGAGUUCUUGAACUUGAAGGACGACCAAUUCCGCCAUUGCAGAACUCUUUCAAAGUCGUAGACAAUCAAACUUCGGACAAUGUGUUACCAAAAAAGCACAAGAAGCAAAAACAUUUUGACUUCUCCAAAUAUUCAACCCGAAAAAUAGCUCUCAAGUUUGCUUAUCUUGGAUGGGAUUAUCAGGGUCUUGCAUUACAAGGUGAAGAGACCAACCUACCAACUAUAGAAGCUAAAAUAAUGGAGGCAUUAUACAAAGUAAAACUAAUUGGAUCCCUGGAUCAAGGGCAAUGCGAGUUCAGCCGAUGUGGAAGAACAGAUAAGGGAGUAAGUGCGAUGAACCAAGUAAUAUCCUUAAAGGUUAGAUCCAAGCUAUCUGAAGAAGAGCUCAAGGACAAUGCCAACGAUACCAAAGAAAUCGAUUAUAUCAAAACAAUAAACCAAUCACUUCCAGAGGACAUUAGAAUACACAGCAUUUGCUUGAGACCUCCACCAGAUUUUGAUGCCAGGUUUAGUUGUACUUAUAGACAUUACAAGUAUAUCUUCAACGGUCAAGGACUGGAUAUCGAAGCCAUGAACCAAGCUGCUGGCUACUUUUUGGGUGAAAAUGACUUUAGGAACUUUUGCAAGAUUGAUGCUUCAAAACAGAUUCACAAUUUCAAGCGAACUAUUCUAUGUUCUCAGAUAGACCAGCUUCCAGGUAAUGAAAAUCUUUAUGUUUUCAAUUUGAAAGGAACUGCAUUUUUAUGGCACCAAGUUAGAUGUAUGAUUGCGGUGCUAUUAACAGUUGCUCAAAGAUUCGAGGAUCCAAUUAUUGUACGUGAACUUUUGAAUGUCGAGAUCUAUCCUUCUAGACCAGUAUAUAAGAUGGCUCACGAUAUUCCAUUAGUGCUUUAUGAUUGCGGCUUUGACGAAGCUCUUGUUCAUUGGAGUAGCGGCCCAAAACGUUCAUUCAACGUUAACAAGGCGGUUGAUGGCCUUUGGAAUGACUACAAAGUCAAGUCAACUAUUGUUGAUUUCAUGAGGAAGUUCACGGAGGAAAAAGAUGCCGACGGAAGAUCAGGUAAGAUUCAUGUCAACUUGGGUGACGGGAUAGGCCAGGCAAUGAACAGCUAUACAAAAUAUGGGAGUAGAACUCGUCUAGAAACUGCUGACGAUAUCAAUGCCAAGUGGAAAGGAAAAAAAAGUACCUCGAAGCUAAGUCAAAAAAGAAACCACUCAGAAAUAGAUUCUGAAAGCUUAUAGGAAGCUAAUAUUUUUCCCUUGUCCCAUGUAUAAUAUUUCCUUUUUUACUGUAUAUAGCAAAGUAUCAAACAGUACGAAGCUCGAAAUUAUAAUCAACUAGUUGAGGGCCCGUAUCAACUACUCCGGAA